AUUGGAAGAGCUUCGUCAUCAUCAUCAUAACCCGAAAACAAAUCAAAUAAAAUAAAUUAAAAUCUCCCUUAAAUAUCUCUCUAAAUCGAAUCCAACUCUGCUUUACAACGAUCUUCUCGGCGACUUCCACAUCUCGAAAGCAUCCUUCCUCCCUUCUCUCGAUUCAAUAACAUGGCCCCGCCGGUAACACAAACGGCGGCGGUGGCAGAUGCGGCGGGUAACGGCGGCGCUCAACCUCAGCAGCAGCAGAGAGGGUUCGGCUCCACGAUCUCAGGGAUCAUUAGAAUCGCAGUGUUCUGGUACUUUGCUUCAAAGUUCUUUUCGCCUAAGCAGAAACCGAUGGAUCCGUCUCAGACUCAUCACCUCAUGACCAAUCUCUUCCACAAAGGAGAUUCAUUGGAUAUGUGGUUUUAUCUUACAGAGCAAGAGAAGUUCAGUGACUUUAGUAAUGAAGGUUCGCUUUAUUGGCAUGAGACGAAUAUACCUUAUGCUGUGUGGACUCCAGAGAGUGUUAGGACAAAGUCACUCGACUAUUAUCCUUCGGAGACUUUACAGAAUAAUGGAAGUCUGUAUGCUCAUGUCUUCUUUGCUCGAUCUGGUUUCCCUAUAGACCCUAGUGAUCCUGAGUAUCAACCUCUUAAUAGUUUUGGCAGGACUCACACUGUUGCUACUUACUUUCCAAAGCGGAAAGUAGAUAAGAAGAAAAGUCUCUUGGGUAGUCCCAAAGACUCUGAUGAAUCCAAACCAGAAGCUGAGAAAGUUGUUGAUAAGAACUCUGAAGUGAAGGAAGAAGUCCCUGUGGAAUGGGUAUCCUUAUGGAAACCGAAUGUCACCAUCAACCUGGUCGAUGAUUUUACUCACUACUCACAGAACGGUGUGCCACCAAACAUUGCUCCACACUUGCUGGUAGAACCUACCUCUGGAAACUACUAUCCCACCAUUUACUUCAAUGAGUUUUGGCUGCUAAGGGACAAGAUGAUUCCAAUCAACGAGACGGUCUCAGAAGUACCACUUAAUCUGGAGAUAAGCCCCAUAAGCAUGAUGAAGUGGCAGCUCUUUCAGCAAGUUGAUCAGUCUUUCCAGAUGCAGCGUAGCUACGGAAGCAUGCUUGAUGGUGAAUCCGACGAACUUAAGAGGGUGUUUCUGGAAGGCAAUCCCUAUCUGUUAGGCAUCACGAUGUGUGUUUCCAUGCUUCACUCUGUGUUUGACUUCUUAGCAUUCAAAAAUGAUAUCCAGUUCUGGAACAAGAACAAAUCCAUGGAAGGACUGUCUGCAAAAUCUGUUGUACUGAACUUCAUCUGCCAGUUUGUCAUCUUCCUCUACCUGCUUGACAACGACACUUCAUGGAUGAUACUGGCUAGUUCCGGAGUUGGUGUCUGCAUUGAGUUCUGGAAGAUAGGGAAAGCCAUGCGUAUAGAGGUUGAUAGAACUGGAAUGAUUCCGAGGUUGAGGUUCCACGACCGUGAAUCCUACGCUAGCAACAAAACCAAAGAGUAUGAUGACAUUGCCAUCAAAUUCUUAUCUUAUGUGCUCCUCCUCCUUGUGGUGGGAUUAUCCAUAUACUCUCUCGCUUACGAGCGCCACAAGAGCUGGUACUCGUGGAUCUUGUCUUCAUUAACAAGCUGUGUCUACAUGUUCGGUUUCAUCAUGAUGUGUCCUCAGCUAUUCAUCAACUAUAAGCUAAAGUCAGUGGCACACUUACCAUGGAGACAGAUGACUUACAAGUUCCUCAACACCAUUAUCGACGAUCUCUUUGCCUUUGUCAUCAAAAUGCCGAUUCUGCAUCGGCUUUCUGUAUUCCGUGAUGAUGUGAUAUUCUUGAUAUACUUAUACCAAAGGUGGGUUUACCCUGUGGACAAAACACGUGUUAACGAGUUCGGUUUUGGAGGUGAGGAUGAAACUGCAGAGAAGAAGUUGAUCACUGAGAAACAAGAAGAAGAAGACAACAAGAAAACAAACUAAGUUUCUCUCUUCCUCCUUUAUUUUUUGUUUUUUUUACCACUCUUUAAACUGAUUUUUAUUACACUUAAAAGUUAUAGUUUCUUAAUUUCUUUUCGAUUACAUUUUAUUUUUUCACUUGGAAAUGUUUUUGUUAAAGUUAUUAUUGUCAACUCUCAAGACGCAUUAAAUAUUACUCAAACUUUUAAUGGUUUUGUUUAAAGUUAUUAAUGUCAACA